UCUCGGAACACUAGCGUCACUAUAGCAACGGCAGUGUUUGAAAGUGGGUCCUUGGCAUCAACGAGAGAAAGUGUCCAAACAAAAUGCUCUGCAAAUAGGUGAAAUAUGGCCGUUUUAUCUGAGCAAUUAAAGGCAACACCAUUGUCUAAACCAUAACUUUCUGUCUUUUCUCUCAUAGCUGACCUUUUGCCAGGAUGGAGGUGGCCCUCUCCGGCCCGCAGAUUCCCUCCGAGCCUCUGCGGAGGGGAACUCCUCUGCCUCUGGGCCAGCUGGUAGAGGAGACGAGGAACAGAGCCAACAUUCCCAAUCAUCUACUGCAAUCAAAAAUCUAUGCCAAACUGAAAAGUAACAGCCUGAUCCAAGCAGAGCCACCAGUGCUUCACUUCAGUGGGUUUGAGCUGGAGAAGGAUUACAUAAAGAUCCUGAAACUAAUCAACAUCUCAUCUGAAGUCAUGAAUAUUCACAUCAUUCCCACCCAAACGAAGCACUUCCAAACAUCUUAUGACAAAAAGUACCGACUCAUUCCGGGCCUCGCCUACACGCUGAAGGUCAGAUUCCGUCCUGACGAGUGGCGUUACUUCUACGACUGCAUUCGGGUUCACUGCAAGGGGGAAGAGAAUCUGCUCGUUCCAGUUCAUGCUUACCCUGUCAUCGAUGACUUGCACAUCCCUUCUCGCAUCGACCUAUCGGCUGUAGCACUCGGACAAAGUGUUCGCCAUGUUAUUCCUCUGAGGUGCAGCUGCCCCACUGACUUUGAGUUUGAGGUGAACGUUAUUCAGCCCCACGAGGCCUUCUCCAUUCAUCCCCUCACAGGUGUGAUACCAGCCAGUGGUGAAGUGAACAUCGUUGUGACCUUUAGUCCUUUCCAGUAUGAGACUUCUCAGGUCACCAUCCAGUUGAUCAUCUCGCAGUUCAACACCAAACCCUACCUCUGCACCAUCACUGGGAGCUGCUUACCUCACCUGGCCCUCAAUGAACUGGGAAGAAAGUGGGGUCAUGUCGUCACUGCAGUGCCUGCAGAAAACAAAAGACCUUCACCUGCCACCCAAGUGCCAUCUCGAAAUAAAGCCAAACACAGGACGACCAAGGAGGCUGACAAAUCGAAGACGUUGAGAGAUCAGGCUAGUUUUCAGCCUGGACCGAAGCCUCUAGCGGAUGCCUGUACCACUGCAGGGGUGGCAAAGAUACUGAUCCAAGGCAGCGAUAAAAUCAGCUCCAAAGACCUGAGGGAAGCCAUGUCCUGUGGCAGUAUGGUUGGUCUACAAAACAGGCGGAUGAAGGAGGCACUCUUCACAAAAAAGGUUCAGCAAAAUGUUAAGGAGGAGCAAGCCAACCAGGUCAGAUGGCAGGUUCACCUCGGUAAGGACCCCGUGUCCGAGCACACCAGGAGGCUGGUGGCGGAGGAGAGAGAGAUUGCACUACAUGAAUACAUGGUAAAAACGGGAGAUGCAAGUCAAAAGGAAGACUUUGCUGCCGGAAAACCUACUCUUUCCUGGAGUCGAGUGCUUUGUGAAGCAGGAAAGGCCUGUGAAGGAACCCCUUUCUUCCAGUUUUACUCCAGUUUUCAGUGGGAACUGAGACGAAGAGCCCUGACACUGUUCCAGCAGGCAGCACGCAAGGUAGUGAUCCGAUGUCGCGUGAACCGGAGACUGACCCGUUUGAAGAGACUGUCAGAUGGUCCACAGAAGCUAGAGGAGAGAAAUGAAAUUGCUUCUGUUGUAGGGCAGAUGACAGGUGAUUUGAAGAUCUCACCGGAUAGACGCUUUCCGUUCGCUUUUCCCACUUUCUCUGCUGAAGUUCAUCCUCUGGCUCCUGGUAAUCUGGUGACAGUAGCUGUGGAUCCUAUUGAUGUGACUGUGACAACACGUAUGCCUUUCUUCAAGCUUCAAGUUCCUCAGCACUACAAGCUUAUGGGCUACCAACCUGUGUCAUCCUGGGAGGCGUUUAGGUCUUACAUCCCCGCUUCUCUGGCCAGACCACUUCGCACCGGAGCUCUGGAUGACCUGGUUCCCGACGAAGACGGAGCCCAAUCUGCCACAGGAGGGGAGCCCAAAGCACGGGACAAACUGCAGCAAGACAACGUAGCGGAGGCUGUCAGUCUCACCUUCCGAGCCCCUGACGCUCUGCUGAGACCCGUUCCAGCAAAUCCACUCAGAAUCUUUAACCCAGCUCCGGGCCUGCAGACGUACACACCGACCCCAAAAUACCUGGAAAGCGACCUAGAGUUCUACCUCUGCCCUCUGCCCAGGUAUACGAUCCCUGAAGGCAGCGCGUGUGGCAUGACAACACACACUCAGAAGAAGUUUCUGGACCGCACGGAGGUGAUCACAGGACUCGUGACAUGGAAGAAUUUUGAUGGGAUUACCUCAAAAUGUCUGUCCAAGCAGCCUUCUCUUGGCGGUGACUACGCUGUGCGCAGGUUUGUCGACUACAGCGCAGAUACACUUCCUCUCAGGACGCCUCCUUCUCUCACCGGCCCUCCCGAUGACCCGACGCCACCGACGGACCAACCGCGUCAGGUGAGAAGGCUCAGGAGUCCUGCUAACACCAGGGACGACCAGAGCUCAGUUCUUGCCUGGGGAAGCCCUGGUCUCCAGUGGCAACCUCACCAGAGGAACGACAGCCAGGCGCAUUCACCGAUCCGGCUGAAGCGACUCGGAGUCACAGCUGGACACCAGGGUCUACACAUAGACACCGGAAAUGCACAAGUUAACAUUUAGAUUUCCACAUUUAUGUACCCUUCAGUGAGUGUGCAUAUGUGUGUGUGUGCACGCGCUUCAGCAAAGAAUAAAAUAUAAAAUGAAAUGUAUACACUGGACGUUGCAAACGAGAAUUAGUAGGCCUACUAAUAUAAUAACAUUGCGACCUCUGUAAGUGGAUUUAAAAAAAACUAUAUUAGACUGUCAGUAGACAUGUGAAACCUUUACUGGCUGUAAAUAAAACAGAAAAAACAGUUGUGGAAGAGA